AUGGAUGAUCCGGUGUGGAUUAAUAAAGUGGAAGCACUGGUUGGUCCUUUUGUGGCUUACAUUUUGGAAGGGCAGAAGGAGGCUGAGUGGAUUGAGUGGAAAAUUGUUAAUUUGGGAUACGAGAUUCUUAGAAGCAGAGAACAGAAUGUGGAUUGGCCUUCGGCAUUGUGUUGGCACAAAAUGGUACUGCCCAAGGCAGGGGCAUUCCUUUGGACAGCAUUGCAUGGUCAUAUACUAACAGGGGAAAGGUUGAAACUAAUUGGAAUUGCAGGUCCAAGUGUAUGUAUACUAUGUAAGGAGAAUGAAGAGACUACGGAUCAUCUUUUAUUCUGGUGUUCAUACACUAAAAGAGUUUGGGAUUGGCUAUUGGAUAAAUUGCAGUAUGGAUCGGUGAGAAGUCAAUCACUAAAAAGUUUUUUAUUGGCAUGGCCUACAUGCUAUAAGAAAUCAAAAUGGAGCAUUUUGUGGGUGGUUAGUCUGGCCAUGCUUGCAUGGAAUAUUUGGAAGGAGAGAAAUCGAAGGGUGUUCAACGAGGAAGCUCUGCCUUUUGAGCUUCUAAUCCCAAAAAUCAAAGUAGCCAUUGAAGAAGUUAUAAACGUCAAAGUAGUGGGAAGGAAGUAUUUCACUUAUUCUUCCUGGGACAAAGAAAUGGAAAGGCUAUGGAAUUUGACGAAGAACAGUGGUUACAAGUUUGUUGACAAGAAGUAG